GCUAAUCAAAAUACCACAAUCAUUAAACCUAACCAGCGAUCGGUGGUAAAACUUUUCGCCAAUUACUCUGCAAGAAAAAGAGUUUCUUGCGCCCCUACAGGAGGGAAGGAUGAUCCAGUGGCGUGUCUCCUCAGUGUGACUGUACCCUAGUAGUGUCAGGUGCUAGAGGUGAGGAGAGUCGCUGCUGGCUGACAGGGACGAGGCUGCUGCUCUGACCAGCACUGACGCGCCAUUUAACACCGGCCAUCACCCAAGACCCACAUUGUUAUACACACUUGAUACAUCUGCAAUAUGCUUCAAAUACAUAAACUAUGCCUAGUGGGCUUCCUGACUCAAGUAAGGAGAUCAUGGACCUUGCAAGAUGAAAUCUCUGUAACCUUUCCAAAAAUAGCUAUUGUUGGUGGUGGCAUAGGAGGCACAGCUACAGCUUAUUUCUUGCAAGAAUUGUUUGGAGACAAUGUAAUAAUUGAUCUUUACGAGUCGGAGAGGAUUGGUGGCAGAUUGGCCACUAUUCCAAUAGGUGAACACGAGUAUGAGGUUGGCGGCUCUAUUAUUCAUCCAAAGAAUCAGUAUAUGCUCAAUUUUGUACCAAAAUUAGGUUUGGAACCGAGGCACACCUGUAAAGGAAAAUUGGGGAUAUUCAAUGGUGAAACAUAUGUGUUCAGAGAUAGUGCCUGGGAUAUUAUCAGCUUGGGAAAACUUUUCUGGCGGUACGGAUGGGAUAUGUAUCGUCUUAAUAGGUUGACAGCAGAAAUGUUGGGAGACUUUACCAAAAUUUACAAACUGCAGUCGGAAGGAUAUGCUUUUAAAGAUGUAGCCUCCUUGCUUCAUGCUAUUCACCCCAACUUCCAGGAGAUGACAAAAAAAUCUUUAGCAGCCUGGCUCAAAGAAAUUGGUAUUCAUGAACUGAUGAUUGAUGAAUUAAUCACUGCCGUUACUCAGUGCAAUUAUGGACAGACUCCAAGUAUUCAUGCAUUUGUUGGAGCUAUAUCUGUGGCUGCUGCUGAUGAAGAGCUGUGGUCAGUGUUAGGAGGUAACAAAAGAGUGGCAGAGGAACUGCUCAUCAACUCUCAUGCUGCAUAUCUCAGACGUUAUGUUACGGAGGUUGCUCAGAAUAAGGGAUAUUUUACAGUCACCUCAACUGAGACAGUAGUUAAAAAUCUAUUCACCGAGGGGAAUCCUAAUAUCCCAGAGAUGAAUUCUUCCUAUGACCCUCGAACUCAACAGUAUGACAUUGUUAUUUUUGCUGCACCUCUAACCAAAGAUAAAAGUUCAAUUAAGUUGGUUAAUUUUACAAAGGACUUGGAGUUUCCAGGACGUUAUGAAAGAAUUCUCUGUACAAUGGUACAAGGAGAAGUUAGACCUGAAAGUCUCCUUUUAACACCAGAAGAUGACAUUGAUGAAAUUUUAGUAUCAAAUCCUGGGCUCAUCUUUAAUUCAUUUGGAAAGCAAUGCCCUGUUGAUAAUUAUGAUAAGACAAAUUCUCCAGAUGUGUGGAAGAUAUUUUCUUCGGUGCCUUUAGGAGAGGAACAGUUGGAUAUAUUUUUUAAAAAACGCAACUCCACCGAUGUGAUUGAUUGGUUAGCGUAUCCUCGCUACGAUUCCGAUCAACAAUUGGGAAACUUUGAAUUGCUUCCAGGAGUUUAUUAUGUGAAUACCAUUGAAUGGGCAGGAAGUGCAAUGGAGAUGAGUGCAAUUGGAGCAAAAAAUGUUGCACUUCUAGCAUUUAAAUACUGGCUGCAAGACCCAAAUGCCGGUAUACUUACAACAUUUAGGGAUGAACUGUGAUAUCAAUUAUUUAAGUUAAUAUUAGUUGAAAGAGAUCCAUGCAAAGCACAGGGUUCAACUGUGAAACCCACCAUGUGUGUGUAUAUAUAUGUAUGUUUAUAUAUAUAUAUUAUAUUAAUAUAAUAGUAUAUUUAUAUAUAUAUAUUAUAUUAAUAUAAUAGUAUAUUUAUAAAUAUUUAUAUAUAUUCAGUAUUUAUAAAUAUAUUUAUUAUAUUUAUAUAUAUUAAGCAUAUUUUUGGGGAAUAGUGUUUUAUUGUACAACUCUUGGUGAUUGGUGUAAAUCUUUUGUCCGUUGUGUUUGGAUACAUGUACAGUACCAGUACUUCAUAUUGCUUUCUGGAUAACUGGUUUGCAAAUUUCGAUGAAAAUAAAUUAAAAUGAGUAAAAUUAAAGGUCUACCUGGACUAAUAGUUAGACGAGUUGAUUGUUAAAUUUAUGUAGGGGUAGUGAUUUGUAUAUUGUUAAUCUCUUAUUGUAGAAGAGGUGCAUAAUUUUCUUUAAAUUAGAGCAUUUCAAUAAAAUUAGAAAAAUU